AUGGCGCCGAAAGCAGAAACCCUCUCGGUGCAAUCCUUCGCAGCAACCCAGCUCUCCCUCCUCUCCGCGGAGCUCGCCGCCGAGAUCGCAGAGUCCUCCGCCCUCGUCUCCCUGCACUCGCCCACGGCCCUCCAGCGCGCCGGCCUCGCCCUCUCCAACCUCGUCGUCGGCGCGCGCCGGACCGGCCUCGGCGGCCGCACCGUGCUCGAGCUCAACCCGGACCCGGCCGUGUCCUCCUCCGCGGAGGGCAAGCUGCCCGAGCACGGCCUCCGUCCGGGCGACAUCGUGCUGCUGUCCGAACAGCCUGCCGGCAACGCCAAGAAGAGGGAGGUGAAGGAGCUUGAGAGCAAGGGCGCGAGGGGUGUCGUCACGAGAGUGAGGCAUGAGAGCGUCGGCAUCGCGGUGGACGAGGGGAAGGGCGAGGAGAGGGAGUUUAACGGGCGCGUCUGGGUCGUCAAGGUCGCCGACGAUGUCACGUAUCGGAGAAUGAACCUUACCAUGGAGAAGCUCGAGAAGAUGACAGAGGCCGAGUACAGCUCCUUCAUGCGCGUUCUCUUCGGCCUCUCGAGCCCAAGCCCCGUGCCUUCAGAUCUCGCGUCCGAUUCGGAGCUUUCCAAGAUCCAAUGGAUCGAUCCCUCGCUCAACGACUCGCAAAAGGACGCAAUCCGCUUCGCGCUCGCGUCAAAAGAAGUCGCACUCAUUCACGGGCCUCCAGGAACUGGCAAAACCCACACACUGAUCGAGCUCAUUCUCCAGAUGCUCAAGCUCGACCUCCGCAUCCUCGUGUGUGGUCCCUCAAACAUCUCCGUCGACAACAUCGUCGAGCGCCUGGCACCUCACAAGAUCCCCAUCCUCCGCCUCGGUCACCCGGCCCGUCUCCUCCCCAGCGUCGUCGCCCACUCCCUCGACGUGCUCACCCAGACCUCCGAAGCCGGCGCCAUCGUCAAGGACGUCCGCGCCGAGAUGGACGCCAAGCAGGCCUCAAUCAAGAAGACGCGCAACGGCCGCGAGCGACGCCAAAUCUACGGCGACCUCAAGGAGCUCCGGAAGGAGUUCCGCGAGCGCGAGCGCCGCUGUGUGAGCAACCUCGUGCGCGAGAGCAAGGUCGUCCUUGCGACACUGCACGGAGCGGGCGGCCACCAGCUCCGCGACCAGCAGUUCGACGUUGUCAUCAUCGACGAGGCCAGCCAGGCGCUCGAAGCGCAGUGCUGGGUGCCCCUGCUGUCCGCGAAGAAGGCGGUCUGCGCGGGCGAUCACUUGCAGCUCCCGCCGACGAUCAAGUCGCUCAACUCAAAAGUGAAGAAGGUUCUGGCCGAGGGAGCAGGAGAGAAGCAAAUCAAGGGAAUGACGUUGGAAACGACUCUGUUUGACAGGUUGCUCGCCCUGCAUGGGUCAUCCAUCAAGCGGAUGCUCACCACACAAUACCGCAUGCAUGAGAAGAUUAUGAGGUUUCCAUCAGACGAGCUAUACGAUGGAAGAUUGAUCGCUGCAGAAGCAGUCAAAGAGCGUCUCCUGAAAGACUUGCCUUACGAAGUCCAGGAUACCGAAGACACCAACGAGCCACUCAUCUUCAUCGACACACAGGGAGGCGACUACCCGGAAAAGAGCGAGGACGACGACAAGGAUGCCGUCAAGAAGGCCAAAUUCAGCCUCCACGGUGAAAGCAAGAGCAACGAAAUGGAAGCGGCUUUGGUGCGGCAGCACGCCCAAAGCUUGGUUGAUGCUGGCGUGAAGCCCGAGGACAUUGCUGUCGUGACCCCGUAUAACGCUCAGCUCGCCAUUCUCGCGCCCCUGAAGGAGCAGUUCCCGGGCAUCGAGCUGGGCAGUGUAGAUGGCUUUCAGGGCCGCGAAAAGGAGGCCGUCAUUGUCAGCCUUGUACGGAGCAACUCCGAGGGAGAAGUAGGGUUCCUGGGCGAGAAGCGCCGACUGAACGUGGCGAUGACGCGACCCAAACGCUCGCUGACGGUGAUCGGUGAUUCGGAGACAGUCAAGAGAGGUAGCGCAUUCCUCAAGAGAUGGAUGGAUUUCCUCGAAGAGAAUGCAGAUCUGCGUUAUCCCGACUUGUCAACCCUCCAGGGGUCUUGA